AUCUUCCAGUUCAUUUCUUGUCAAUUCACACUGAUUGUUUUUAAACUGUGUUAACUUUUCAGUUGCAAAUUUUUAUGCUUGCAGUUAAAUCAUAUUUUUUUGAAUAUAGCUCAACAAAGUCUACUAACUCGACUGGAUACAUCAAAGGUCUAUUCUGUUUGUUUGAACAUUUCCAUUAAAUUCUUUAUUUCAGUUUUUACUUCUCUAUAAAUUGAUGGAGAAUCAAAAAUCGUCUAAACAACCAACCACUCGUCGUCCCUUAUGUGCUCGCUGUCGCAACCAUGGAGAAAAAGUACCCAAAAAAGGCCACAAAAGGUUUUGUAGGUUUGCUUCAUGCACAUGUAUCAAUUGCGUUAUCAUUGCUGAACGACAAAUUGUGAGUGCAAAGCAAGUUGCCCUUCGACGACAGCAAGAACAGGAUAAAAAAUAUGGUCCACUAGGAUCGUCUUCUAGAUGCUCAAAUGAUCCUGAUAAAAGUGAUGCCGAUGAUCGCGAUGAUGUCAAUAAAGGUUUUCUUCAAUCUGAAGAUUCUCAAUCAACCAGUCGGCACCCUUUGUGUGCUCGUUGUCGCAAUCAUGGGGAAGAAGUACUCAAAAAGGGUCACAAAAGAUUUUGUAAAUUCGCCGCUUGUACCUGUGUCAAUUGUGUGCUAAUUUCUGAACGGCAACGGUUAAUGGCCAAACAAAACGCCCUCCGGAAACAACAAGAACAAGACAAGCAAUAUGGACCACCACCACCACCACCGCCACCACCUUCACUGCCGAUGAUGUCGGUUACUAGUCGUAUGCUUCUGGAGCUUCUUGCAAGCAUAAACAUGUACAACAUGUACUAUUCGAUGAAUUGUCCCAACCGAUAAUAGGCAAUGCAGUUUCUUGGGUUCUCUUCAUCCAAUCCUUCAUUCCUACAAACCAAAUUAUCGACCAACAGGAAAUGUUGUCAAUUGUUCAACUAGAAACUCGACGUUCAUUUAACCAUGUUUUUUUCAACCACCUCAAUUUUACUUUUCUUAAUGAUCAGCUAUUAUGGUACAAUCAUUUAUUUACAGUGAAAAACUCUAAAUUACGAUGAAUCGCACAAGGUUUUCUGAUAUUAAUAAAAAUGUUAACUAAAUAAAUUAAAAUCUCGACAUUGAGAAAUUUUGUAAAUAAUAAAAACAAG